AAAUUAAAUAUGUGGAUAUUUGGAAGAAAAGGUGCAUCUGGUUUCUCAGCUUGUUCAACAGCUGAGGAAGUUACUCAAGGAAUUGAUGGAGCUGGCCUUACUGCCAUUGUUACAGGAGCAACAAGUGGCAUUGGCAUAGAGACGACACGUGUCCUCGCCUUGCAUGGCGUGCAUGUAAUUAUGGCAAUUCGUAAUAUUGAAAAUGGAAAAAAAAUUAAAGAAAACAUAAUUAAAUCAAUUCCAAAUGCAAAAAUUGAUUUUAUGGAAUUAAACCUUAGUUCUAUGGAAUCCAUAAGAAAAUUUGCCAAAGAAUAUAAUUCUGCUGGUCAUCCUUUGAAUAUUUUGAUUAACAAUGCAGGAAUUAUGAUUCCACCAUUCAUACUUUCUCAAGACAAGAUAGAAAUGCAGUUUGCGGUUAAUCAUUUAGGUCAUUUUCUUUUGACAAAUCUUUUAUUGGAAAACAUGAAAAAUACAGCUAAAAAAAGCAAAAAAGAAGGAAGGAUAGUGAAUGUUGCAUCAGCAGCACAUGAUUUUGCAUAUUCUCAAGGAAUUCUUUUUGACAAAAUUAAUGACAAAGAGAGCUAUAAUAAGCUACAUGCUUAUGGACAAUCAAAGCUAGCUAAUAUACUGCAUUCAAAUGAACUCGCAAAGCGCUUAAAGGAAGAAGGGGUAAAUAUUACUGCUAAUUCUAUUCAUCCUGGCCCAAUUGCCACCAAUAUUAUGCGUUACAACACUAUCAUUCAUGGAAUAAUUAACUGGAUUGGUAAAUAUGUGCUCAAGAAUAUUGAACAGGGAGCAUCAACUACAUGUUAUGUGGCAUUACAUCCAAAGGUGAAAGGGGUAAGUGGUGAGUACUUUUCAGACAACAACAUAGCAACAAACACAACAACUUCUUUGGCUAAGGAUUCAGAAUUAGCAAAGAAACUAUGGGAAUUUAGCUUGGAUUUGACCAAUCCCAAGUGAUUACAUGGUUGACACUGGAAUCGUCAAAUGGGCGAGUUGGGUUGAAUCUGAACGAAUCAGGAGGCGAUGAGAGUUAAUAAAUGGAUGGGUUAAAUUUGGAUGAAUCAGGCGAGUCAUGUUUUCAUGAUUGUAUUUUGUUAGUUGGGCUAAGUCAGUCCAAAUAUACUUUUACAUAGCGUAGUAUUAUCUACUUUGGAUCUCGAUACUUGUGCUCGUGUAAGGUAACUGAAGCCGAUUGUGGUUGGUUAAUCCGAUCAAUUCAGCUCAUCGAUGGUCGGCAAGUAUGAUGGUCCUGCAUGUAUUUCGUGUGUAUCUCACCGGUGGAUUUAAAAAACCUCACGGAUUGACUUGGGUUACAAGUGUGGUUCUGGCUGUAUUAACCACAUCUUUUGACGUAACUGGUUAUUCCUUACCUCCUGACCAAAUUGGUUAUUGGGCAGUGAAAAUAGUAAGAGGUGUCCCUUAUGCUAUUUCUGUAAUAGGAUCAACUUUGGUCGAAUUAUUGCACGGAAGCACUACACAAGUACCUCAUGGAAUUAGUUAAGAUGUGUAUAAACUGACUCAAACUUGAACAAAUGUUCUCGAUACUUGUGCUGGUGGGAGGUAAUAGGUAACUCGAGGUAUGCACAAACUGACUCGAACACCACGAUUAUCAGGA